GACCAGGGUAGAUGAAGUCGUAAACUGCGAGGGUCUUUGAGACUACUUGAUUUUGCCUCGGAUCUGACGCACGACACCGUGUCAAAAUGAUGUACUGCUCUUCGAAACACCUUGUGGGACUUGGAUGCUUAGCGCCGUUCCUGUUCCAGUCAUUUCUCCUGGUUCUCGUCUCCGCCGAGUCCUUCGAUGCAUCAUCCAUUGGAGUCUGCUGGGGACGAGUAGCAUGGCAGCCACUUGCACCGCGUAUCGUUGUGAAGCUCCUUCAGGACAACAAGAUAAACAAAGUGAAACUUUUUAAUGCUGACCCGCAUGUAAUGAAGGCUCUCGUUGGGUCCAAGUUGGAGGUGACGGUAAUGGUAGCCAACGAGCUGCUGAACGACAUGGCCAUGAACCCCAAGAAAGCUCAGGACUGGGUUGACUAUAACGUCAAGAGAUACGCGUUUCCAGGAGGUGUUGACAUAAGAUAUGUCUCUGUUGGAAAUGAGCCGUUUCUGAGAUGGGACAAUGGAGAAUACAACCUCGUUUUGGCGCCAGCCGUUCAGAACAUCUAUGACGCUUUAAAGGCCGACGGAUUGGACCAUAAAGUGAAGGUUACUGUGGCGUUCAAUGCUGACGUCAUGGGAACGUCCUAUCCACCGUCUAAAGCAUCUUUCCGUCAAGACAUCGCCAAUCAGAUGCGACGAAUCGUCUCACUAUUCAGUGAAACCGGAGCUCCUUUCUCAGUCAACAUUUACCCGUUUCUUAACUUAUACCAGCAGCCAGGAGUUUUCACAAUGGGUGACAUUUUCCUGGAUAGGCCAAAUGAGCGGAAUUUCACAGACCCAGGGACUGGUUUGGUCUACACGAAUGUGUUCGACAGUACACAUGAUGCCAUCCUGACAGCUCUGUCAAGACUCGGCUUUCCAGAUCUGCAAGUAAUCAUUGGUGAAAUCGGUUGGCCCUCUGACGGACAAGGUUCACUCAACCCAUAUGCUAACAAUGCAUACGCACAAGAGUUCAACAAUGCCAUCAUCCAGCACAUGCUGAGCGGAUCAGGCACGCCGUUGCGCCCUGGCAAGCAAAUUGGAGGGUUUAUAUUCGGCCUCCUGGAUGAAGACAUGAAAAGCACACUACCUGGAACGUUUGAGCGACACUGGGGCAUCUUCCGAGCUGAUGGAACAGUCAAAUACAACCUUGACCUUACAGGGAAAGGCGACGCUAAUGCACAGCUUGUUCCUGCAAGAGAUGUGGCAUUCUUUUCAAAGCAGUGGUGCGUUGUGAAGCAAGGGGCCAACCCUACAAACGUAGCUGCUGCUUUGACAUACGUCUGUGGGGGCGAUAAGAGUGUUGACUGCACGCCAAUCCUGCCAGGAAGUUCAUGCUACUUCAACAACAAACUGGAAGACGUGGCUUCAUAUGCCUUCAAUUCCUACUACCAGCUUCAGAAUCAAAGUCAGGCAUCUUGUGAUUUUGGGGGAUCUGCUCGGAUCGUUGGCACUGAUCCGUCGAAGGAUGGGUGCAUCUUCUUUAUUGGCAUGGAUCAGGCCAGCAUGCUGAAAGCCUCUAGGAGACUUUGGAACACUCUGACACAUACUGCCUUGGGCUGUGCUAUGGCUAUGCUGCUGAUAUGGUUCCUGUAAAUUAUGGAAGGGUGAUCACUUGGGCAUUAAGGCGUCUAAGUCACAUUGUGAUGGUCACCGGUCAUGUUAGAGAAUCAGUGGUUGCUUGCAAGCCUAGAGUUCAAUGCGAACUGAUCAAACAGGUGUGACGUGAAGGCAAACGAGAAUCCGA